AUGGGGCCUUUUUUCACGAGGAAGGGGAACCUCCGCCUACGGGGCGCCAACUCCAACCCUCUCGGGCACCACCUAUUCCUGACCUGGACAACAUCAAUACCGACAGCACCAGUACCACCACCCUUACUAGAUGAUCAUGUCUCCGUUGGUGAGCAUCUCGCGGCCGCCGGAACCCAUGCUUCAUCGCACAUCUCCAUCCCGGACGCAGUAUAUGACCGGUUUCCACGGCACCGCAAGAUUGUCAUCGUGGCUCUGCUCUCGUUCUGUUCGUUCCUAUCGCCUGUGUCGAGUACGUCCGUGCUAGCCGCCACGCCUGAGGUGGCUGCCGAGUACGGGACGGAUGGGACGGUCAUCAAUGUUGUCAAUGCCAUAUACAUGCUCAUGAUGGGCCUGUCACCGGUGGUGUGGGGGCCAAUGAGCGAGGUUUACGGGAGGCGGCGGAUAAACCAAAUAACGGCAGUUCUUUUUUGUGGGUGUAGCAUUGGAACUGCUCUAGCUCCGAAUCUUGCCUCAUUUUUCGUCUUUCGAGUCCUCACCGCAUUCGAGGGGACGGCAUUCAUUCUGGUUGGGUCAGCUUGCAUUGGUGACAUUUAUCGCCCAACCGAACGUGCCACUGCUCUUGGCUGGUUUCUAUCGGGAACAUUAAUCGGGCCCGCCUUUGGCCCCUUCAUCGGCGGCAUCAUCGUCACUUACACCUCGUGGCGCGUCAUAUUCUGGCUACAGACUGGGCUAUCUGGUCUCGCGGCGCUUUUUACCUUCACCCCCUUACUCCCCGAGACGAUUCACCACCGCAAGGUAGAUGAUCUUGAAGGCUACUCGUCGCGCCAGCGGUUCUCCGUCCUCUGGAGCAUGGUCAACCCAACACGGGUGCUCCGACUCUUCAUCUACCCCAACCUAAUCACCACCGGCCUAGCUUCUUCGAGCGUCGUCUGGAAUAUGUACAGCCUCCUGACACCGAUCCGGUACGUGCUCAACCCGCGCUUCCACCUGACCACGCCGAUGCAAUCUGGCUUGUUCUAUCUGGCCCCCGGUACCGGUUACCUUGUGGGCACGUUGGUCGGUGGUCGGUAUGCCGACCAUAUUGUCAAAAAGUGGAUUGUCAAGCGCGAUGGCGUGCGAGUACCGGAGGACCGACUACGCUCGGCGCUGCCGUUUAUGGGCGCCGUAAUCCCGGCGUGUUUACUCAUCUACGGCUGGGGUGUAGAGAAGGAAGUUGGCGGGAUUCCGCUAGCAGUGAUCACCUUGUUUGUGCAAGGUGUAGCGCAGCUGUUUUGUUUCCCAAGUCUCAACACGUAUUGCCUCGACGUCAUGCAGGGCCGUGGGGCCGAGGUCAUAGCGGGCAACUACUUUGUGCGGUACCUCUUUGCGUGCGCAGCCACGGCGUGUGUCCUACCGGCCGUCCAGGGGAUCGGGGUGGGUUGGUUCUCAACCAUUACCGCGGCGUUUCUGGUCAUUAGCACGGUGGCUGUGCAGGCCACGGUGUGGAGGGGGAGGAACUGGAGGGAAAGUGUGGACCGCCGGCGUAGGGCGAGGCGGAUGGGAGAACAGAGCAUUGCUAGCAAGGAGCUAGAUCGGUUGGCUAAUAGGGCGUAA